GGCCGUUGCGAUGACAUUCUCGCAAACCAUCUCGCACGGAGGCGUCCGCGAAUCUGCAUAACUGUGUAGUUCAGGUCCAAGCGGUCGUGUUUCGACUAUAGAGUGAGCGUCUCGCGUGUUUGGUGUCGCGUCCAAUACGAACUCCGCGUUAUGAUCUCCGCCGUAUAGCUCUCUCUCAUAAACUUCGGCUCCUACACCCUAGCGACCCUAUCCCGCGGGGUGUUUCAAACCUAACCGUUGCGCAGGAAAUUCCAUCCAAAAAUCGUAUCAAAUGCACUGAAUUCUCAGCAAGCAUGGGACACAAUUGCAUGAUGGGUCACAGACUCACAACUGAGUGUCAGCAACAUAGGUACUACAAUAGGACUGGCUGUUCCCCCUGUUUAUAUCGCACGGCUCAUAUCGUUCGCCUCUCGAGUGCGCAUGUCAAGUUAUGGCUUCUCUGCAGGAUCCCUAUCCCGAAGUUGAAUUGGCUGCACCGCCGCUGGCACGGCCUCUUCACGAACCCAGUCCACUACUUUCGCGGCGAUCCGACACACAAGAUGCUGAUGAUGUUUCCGAAAGCUCGAGUUACAGGACGAGCCACAGUCGUAGUGGAAGUAAACGCGAGUCGUUCAAUAUGUCUGGAAGUACAUUCUUGGUAACGUCGUCUGGCACGACUUUGAGGCUACCAAUCCCUUCGGACAGUAAAUCAGACCCUCUCAACUGGACUCCAUGGAAGAGAGCAGGUGCAAUGUUUGCACUCGCUUGGUUUUUCGUCAUGUCUUCAACGGCAGUGCAAGCACCAAGCGUAUUUCUGCCUGGAAUCGCCGUAGAGUUUGGACAGCAAGACGUCAGACCAUGGGCCAUGGAGUCCAUCAUUACAGCUCCUACCUUGUUCAUCGGCAUCGGCGCGCUGCUGUGGGUACCGCUUUCAUUAGCAAUGGGCCGGCGACCUGUGUUCCUGAUCGUAGCACUUAUGCAACCUCUAGCUACACUUGGGGCUGGACUUUCGCCAAAUUUCCACACUCUAUUUGCUUGUGCCUGUAUCAUCGGCUUGGGACAGGGAUUCUCGGUCACUGCUGCUUUCUUGAUGGUCGUAGACCUGACCUUCAUUCACCAGAGAACGCGCGCAGUUGCAUCUAUCUGGUCGGUGCUCGCAGGCGCUGGAACUGGCUUUCUUGCCAUCGUGCCGUAUCUCUCACCACCGGGCACCUGGCGGCCAUUUUACUACUACUGGUCGAUUCCAAUGGCGCUGUCCUUCCCGCUGGCACUGCUACUAUACCCAGAGACGUACUUCAAACGACCUACGGUUGCUUUUGAUGGCCUGAUACUUUUACAGUCAGCAACUGAAAAGCUCACGAUAUACAAGGAUCUUGAUAUCGGAUCCGACAUCUAUCGAGACUUACCGGACCUGCCGUCAGACUAUAGUCAGGAGAGGACACUGUUCCGCAGGUUUUGCUCUUAUUUCCAGUUUCGUUGUUCUCCAGUCACUUCAUGGAAAUCCAUGGGCUACUGCUACAUUCAGAUGGCCCAUUGUGCCAUCAACCCUCUGAUUUUUUGGGUUCUGCUCGCCUCCGCAAUCCACUGGGCCAGCAUCUUGUUUGUUGGAUCGACAUAUACGAACAUCCUUCGCUCCCCACCAUACACCUUGCGCCCCUCGAUCAUCAUCAACAUAAAUAUCUCAUCAGCCGUUGGCGCUUUUCUCGCGUACCCAGUUGGAGGGUGGCUCAUAGACAGAGUGCUAAAGCGUAUGGCUCAGCGCAAUGGUGGAGUUCGUGAAGCAGAACACUUUCUUAUCGGCUACAUCCCACCAGCUCUCAUUGGUGCUUGCGGUUCCGUACUGUAUGGCUUUGCUGUGCACCGCCAAUGGCACUAUUCGCUGUUCUUUGUCUCGACUGGACUCACCGCAUUCGCAUGGAUCACUCUUUGUAUAACAAACAUCAUGUGGCUUACAGAAGCCUUUCCCCGCUGGGCUGCACCUGCUGUUGCUGUAUCAGGCGGAGCGUGUUAUAUCAUUAGUUUUGCUAUCGGUUUCGGGCUGUUACCUUGGAUUUCUGCGCACGGCUUCAAAUUGGUGGGCAUCGAGUUGGCUUUCUUGCAAUUAGCUGCCGGUCUUGUCGCCGUACCUGUUGCUUUCUGGGGCAAGGGUGCGCGCCAAGCGAUCAAUGGGCGGUGGUCUGAAGAGCGAUCAGGAGCAUUGCGGCCGUUGUGAU